CGAUGACUUAAGCACAUAUAUUUUGACGUUCGUGUAUUAGUUAUUCAUUGAUAUUUGUGAUUUCUUGAAAAAUGAAUUUAGAGGAUCUUGUUUUAGAAAAUAUUCAUAAUAUUAUGAGUGAAGCCGAAAGAUUUGUGCAAGAAGGUCGGGAGAGACAUUAUUAUGACCAAUCUAGAAAAAAUCCAUUCGAUCAUUUAUCGGAUAAUAUGUUUAUACGUUUAUUCCGUUUGAACAAACAAUUAGUUCGAGAGUUGCUAGAAAAGUUGAAUCCUUUUCUUACACCUCCUAGGAGAAUUCAUGAUUUGGAUAAGGAAACGAAGGUACUAGUGGCACUGAAAUUUUUUGCGUCUGGAAGCUAUCAAAUGGAUAUUGGAGCAAAUGUUUGGGUAGGAGUCAGUCAAUCUUCUGUUAGCAGAUCGAUUGAAGAGGUUUCUGCUGCUCUCAAUUCCAAUGAAAUUUUCAAUGAAUAUGUCAAAUUUCCUUCUACAAUCAGAGAGUGUGAAAUUCUUCGUGAAAAUUUCAAUCAAAAAUUUGAGUUUCCUGGGGUGAUAGGAGUAAUUGAUUGUACCCAUGUAGCUAUAGUACCCCCGUCUGGGGAUAGAGAAGAAUACCUGUAUGUGAACAGGAAAAAAUACCAUUCCUUGAACGUACAACUGAUAUGCAGCAGUAAUUUAAGGAUAUUGAACGUGAUUGCCCGUUAUCCCGGGGCAACUCAUGAUUCAUUCAUUUGGAAUCAAUCUAGGUGUCAGUAUAUCCUUCGUAAUCUUUAUUUGCGAACAAGAAGAUCUUUCUACUUACUAGGUGACUCUGGAUAUCCAUUGAGACCCUGGCUUUUGACUCCAUUUGAUGGUAAUCCUGAACCAGGUACUCCCCAAUAUGAAUUUAAUCAACACCUGAAGAAAACUCGCUGUUUGAUUGAGAGGUGUAAUGGGGUACUAAAGAUGCGCUUCAGAUGCUUAUUGAAACACAGGGUGCUGCAUUAUACACCGGAAAAGGCAGGAAAACUAAUCAAUGCCUGUGUUGUACUACACAACAUAUGUGUUGAAAACAAUAUGCCAGAACCAGAUCCAGAAAUAGAGGAUGAUCUUUUAGAUCUAGAUUAUGGAAUAUAUGCUAUUGGCAAUGAAAAUGACACGGGGGGAGCAGGCGGCAUGGCAAGAGUCAACCCUGAAUUAGUAGAGGGGAGAAGAAUUAGGAAUAUAGUUAUGAAUUAUUUUCAAAAUGUGAAUUAACAAGAAUAAAUACCUUAUUAUAA